GAUGGGCGCUAGAACGUCAAAACUCAACAAGAAAACUUCAAACACAAACCAGAGUGAUGUGGCCACUCAUGAUAUAACGUUUGAUAGACGACCUACUGUUGGACAAUCAGGACUUUACUACUACUAUCCGUUAGGACCUACAAAAGAAGUUAAAACACCGCCAAAACUUUCACGACAUCAAAAUGUCAAAAAUUCGGCGGAAAACUUGAAAGAAAUGGCAGAGGAAUUAGAAGAGAAAAUGAUGAUAGCUAAUAUUCUUAGGGAAGAAAAUCUACGUUCAAAAGGAAAAGCUGCAAGAGAUUUUACAGAAAGACAAGCAAGAGUGAAAGAAAGAAAAGCACAAAUGACGGAGGAAAAAAUACAGAAAAUCCAAGACAAGAUGGUUUUAGACGAGGUCCGACUUUUAAAUAGGCCGAAAAUGAAUAAACCAAGAAUAAGGAGCCAUUCUAUUCCACACCUCUCCAAAAUUGGUACGAAUACCAAAACACAUAACUAAAUGUACAGAUGAGACCUGUAGCAGAAAGAAGACGAAAACCAGCAAUGUCGUCUGCCAGCUCCGCUGUCCUUAGUUUUCUGGAAUAGACUAACGUGAAUCACAAUAUAUUUUUUAAUCAAGUGAAAUAAUGAAAUGUUUUACAUUUUUCAAAUUUUCUUCUUCGUGGUGAUGACCAGUCUGCACUGUGUUUGACAGGUCUAAGAGGAUCCAAAUAUAUCACAAUUGUUUUUGUUUGAUUGUUUAUUUAUUGUCUGUUGUGUAUUUAUAUGGUGGGAAUCCUCCUACACCUAUAUAUUUAUGUGCACGAUUAAAUUAGAUAAUAUCA